AUCUCCUCACCACCUCUCUCACCACCUCUAACUCCCACUCACUUCCACAGAGAACCAGCACAACACAACCAAGAUGCCUCCCUCACCACAAACAGCAAAACUAACCAGUACCCUCCACCUCCUAAUCCCACGCCUCCGCCUCCUUCAAAAGAAAGACACCGCCAGCUCCGUCGUCCAACGCCGGGACCUCUCCACCCUACUAUCUGAGAACCGGUCUACGAGCGCGCGCAUCCGCGUCGAGAAUGUAAUCGCGACCGACACCGCCGUCGAAGUCAUGGAGAUGGUAGAACUAUACUGCGAACUGCUUCUCGCGCGCGCGAAUCUCCUCGAUCAAUCAGCCUUCGGGGAGAAAGGCGCGCGCGCGAGAAGUAGAGCCAGGGAGGAAGCCCAGAGACAACAACAACGACAACAACAUGCCUCGACCACUGCGUCAUCAUCAUCUGCUGCAGGGAAAAGUUCCUCCGGGUCGGGGUUCUCGUUCUGGGGAUUCGGUGGUCGGAAACAGACACAACAUGAUCCGCGACCAGAACCGGAAGUACCAGGUGGGGAAGUAGGAGGGGAAAAAGAAGGCUACAUUGAUCCGGCGCUCGAUGAGGCCGCGGCGGUGAUAUUCUACUCGUAUGCGCGGUUCCCGCAUGAUGUUCGGGAGAUGACUAUCCUGCGGGGAUUGCUUACGGAUAGAUGGGGGAAGGAUUUCAUGAUGCUGGCGCAGGAGAAUAAGCUGGAGGAUGUGAAGGUUCCGGAACGGUUGAUUAGAGGGUUACGUGUGAAGCCGCCGUCCGAGGAGUUGGUGGAGAGUUAUCUUGUGGAGAUUGCGAGGGCGUAUGGGGUUACUUGGCCUGAUGGGUCUCAUGAUGCGCCGGAGGGGGAUGUGCCGAGUUUUGUUGAUGAGGGGGCGGGAGGGGAUGAAGGGGAUGAUGGUGGGGAGGAUGAUGAGGGGGAUAUGAAGUUGCCAUCUACCCCGAGGAAGAUUGGCCAGUCUGGUGAUAGUGAGGAGGCGCGACGGGCAUCCGAGACACUGGAGUUGAAUAAGGCGACGCCGCCGCGGGGGCUAUAUUCUGAGGGAAAGAGUCCGGUGAGUGUGGCACCGCCGGGGCCGAGGGUGGAUAAUCUGCAUCCGAAGGUGAAGGUGCCCGGGGAGGAAGAUGUGUCUAAAGAGGCAAGCAAGUCGAAGCCGGCGAAGAGUGACAUACCCGAGUUGGAUGAGUUGACGAGACGGUUUGCGGCGUUGAGACGGUGACAUGCACAAUCACUCUCCAUUCAUACUUACGACGGUUAUGAGAUUCAGCACGAGCAAAGCAACUUCUAUUAGAUGCAUGCAUCCAUCUAUCUAUCCUCUCUGUUCUCUCUUUUGUCAUCCAAUGCAUAAUGUAACAGCAGGUAUAAUAUGUCAACAGC